AUGCCAUCCAGACACACAAUUAGUAAUAAAGUUAGAAAAAGGCCUGGUUUAGAUUUAGAUCAAGUACAAAAAAAUCUAGAACCAGAAAAGCGUGAAAAAUUAGAAAACCAACCUUUUGAUGAAGAUCUUCCUGGUGGAGGGCAACAUUAUUGUGUUCCUUGUGAUAAACAUUGUGCUUCAGCAAAUGAUAAAGAAAAACAUAUGAAAGGAAAAUCUCACAAACAACGUGUUAAAGAACUUGCUAAAGGACCUGCUUUUACUCCAAAAGAAGCUGAAGAGGCUUUUUAA